AUGGAGGAGGUGAAGAACCAGGGCACGCGCCAUGGUGCAGACGGAGACAGCUUGUCUUACCAGGCAGGAGCUCUCAGGGAGCAUCAUGCCGAGCAUCACGGACCCGUGCUUGACAACGAGCAUGUGCUCGGAAAUAUCAUAGACGAGCAGCCAGUCAAAGAGAAGAUAAGCCUCGGUGGCAUUGUCUUCUUCAAGAGUUGCUUCGGCGUUGGGAUCCUUGGCAUGCCGUUUGCGUUCCGCAACUCCGGGGUAACUGCGGGGAUCAUCGCGUGUUUCAUUGUCGCUGUCACCACCAACAUCGCUACCAAGUUGUUGGUGUGGACGAAGAGAGAGAUGGUCAAGAUCCACGGGGAGCAUGUAGCAAGUAUCCCUCACAUAGCAGCUGUGAUCUCUCCAGGGUUAGGAGAAAAAUGGGCCAACCUUGUUGUCAUACUAUGCCAACUGGGCACUUGCAUAGCAUACAAUAUCUUCCUUGGCGUCUCUUUCACCGCCAUCGUUGAGGAGUUGUAUCCCACCCACAACUAUGCUGAGAUGCAGACGCGAGGGUACAACCCCUACGUGUUCUUCGUGCUGUGCAACACGAUGCUGUUCUGUCUGCUGGUGCAGUUCAAAGAUUUUGCCCGCAUGGCUCCUCUGCUGAUCUUUGCGCAAGGGGCGAUGAUGACCGCAAUGGCUCUUGUGAUAGCUCAUGGACUCGUUCACCCGUCUGUCUGCGAUCGAGACGCAGACACCCAGGUGUUCUGCCGGGUGCACUGGGAGGCAAGGUGGCAAACGUUUCCGAUCUUUGUUGGGAUCGCCGUGUUUGCCAUGGAGGGGAUACCGACGAUUUUGGCGAUAGAAGACUCCCUCGAACGGCCAGAGCUGUUCGAGCGGAUGUUCGACAUCACGCAGACUCUCGUCACUGUCGUGUUCAUCGGCUUCGGGGUCAUGGGCUACUGGCUCUACGGCGACAACACCAGGAGUGUUAUCACCCUCAACAUCCACGGGCUGUGGGGAAUCUCAGUCAAGAUGCUCAUGGUGGUCGUGAUCUUCUUUUCCUACCCCCUCCAGUUCUUCCCCGUCGCUCAGAUCUUCUCCAAGGUAGCGCAGAAGUUUGCAGCCUCGCCCAUGGCCAGGAGGUGGUCGACUGUUUUGGGUUUAUCAGGAUCAGAGGUAGGGGGAGGAGCAGGUGAAGUCGGAGCGGGAGCGAGCAAGGACGGAGAGGCGGACGUUGAGAUCUCAGAUCGUCUCCUGAGCAUCUUCAAGGUCCUUGGGGUCCUGGUCACAGGCCUGAUCGCCCUCUGCGUGCCUCACUUCGGCCACGUCCUCUCCAUCCUCGGCUCAGUCACCUUCUCCGCCAUCACCUACCUCAUCCCCCCCAUCCUCUACCUCAAGGCAAGGCAGGGCUCCCACCACUUCCAGAUGGUCCUCCUCUCCUUCCUCCUCAUCCUCUUCGGCCUGUCGGUCACCGCCGUGGGCCUGUGGAGCAACUUCAUGGGAGCUGACGUGUGGAAGCACGAGAUCGAGAAGGCGCCGCCCCGGGCCGGCAGCUCGGAGGCGCUGCAGGCGCAUCACAUCUACAAGCAGGCGGAGGGGCUGAUCAAGAAGUCGUCGGCAGAGGCGAACAAGUUGGAGGAGGAGGAGAGGAGCAAGUGGAACAUGGGUCGCAAGGGAAAGCUGGAGAACAGCUGGACUAAGAAGCCGGAGGAGGCAUGGAAGCGUAAAUGGAUUCCCCACCCUGAGGUGAGGCAGGAUGAGGAGGGAGGCAGGAAGGCAGUGAGAGUAGGAGAGUGUGGGGGCAGGAAGAGAGAUGAGCGAUAG